AUGCAUGGUAUAAAAAAAGGCUAGUGUGCAUUGAACUCUAGAAAAAAAAAUGCAACAUUCUUUGAUUUAAUCCUGUUGGUUUAUUUUUAAGUUACCGUAUUUUUCGCUCUAUAAGACGCACUCCCCCGACCCCUAAAAAAUGGGGGGAAAUGUCUGUGCGUCUUAUGGAGCGAACAUGGAUUGGUCAACCCGGUAUUCCCCCGGUGUUAGAAUACCGGGCCGGCCGUUCAGCUCUGCUCUGCAGACCUCCAACGUACCUACCUGUUCCUCAGUCCAGCGGUGUCCUCAGGCUUUUCUCCCCGGCGCCGGCAUGGGCACCCGGCUGUGACAGCUUGCGGCUUCACAGCCGGGUGCCCACUGCGCAUGUCAAAAAGCGCUGAGCUUUGUGAAUGGCCCUGUAAUCUUCUGGGACCUGUCACAUGUCCCAGAAGAUUAUGGGGGGGGGGGGGGGAGGACAACUCUGUGGAAGUGGGAGAAAAUUCGGGUACCCUCUCCCCCCUUCCGCUCCACAAAGGUCCUCAGUCUCUGGUCAUUUCCUGUACUAUGUCCGCAGUCUCUGGUCAUCUCCUGUACUAUGUCCGCAUUCUGGUCAUCUCCUGUACUAUGUCCGCAGUCUCUGGUCAUCUCCUGUACUAUGUCCGCAGUCUCUGGUCAUCUCCUGUACUAUGUCUGCAGUCUCUGGUCAUCUCCUAGUAGUUUGGCCGCAGUCUCUGGUCAUCUCCUUUACUGUGUCCGCAGUCUCUGGUCAUCUCCUGUACUGUGUCCGCAGUCUCUGGUCAUCUCCUGUACUGUGUCCGCAGUCUCUGGUCAUCUCCUGUACUAUGUCCGCAGUCUCUGGUCAUCUCCUAUACUAUGUCCGUAGUCUCUGG